AUGGAAUUACCACAAGUAGGCAAGCAGUGCAGUAUAGAAUUUUGCAAACAAAAUGAUUUUUUAAUCAUCACCUGUGCGCAUUGUUCUGCGUUAUUUUGUAAAAAUCAUCAUCAUAUAUCAUCACACCAUUGUCCCAAAUAUAAAGACAAUAUCGUUGAAAAAUUAGACGAUUCAGUCAACAGUACAGCUUCUAAAAAUUAUAUUUGUGCACAUAAACUAUGUAACAGUACUUCAAUUAUUGAAAUGAUUUGCCCAGAAUGUAAGAAACAUUUUUGUGUAAAUCAUCGACACCAUGGAUGCUUUGAAAAAACGGAUGAAGAAAUUUCUGAUGAAUUGAAAGUAUGGCAAAAUGCUAAAGAUCAGUUUUUAGCGGCUAAGAGUGUCGUAGAUACUGAAAUUACUGAAAAUUCGAAAAAAUCGAAAAAUUCUGCAUUAGCAAAGAAGGUACAACUAAUGAAACUAAAAGGACGCGCAACAGGUUCAAAAGAAAUACCUUCAAAUCAUAGAAAAUAUUUUCUGAUUUACCCGCCUCUCAAAGCCUCAAAAAAAGAAUCACGUGCACUAUUUAUUAGUGACAGCUGGACAAUUGGAAAAAGCAUCGAUUCCAUAGCUGACAUCAUGGGAAUAAACAAUACAAAUAAUACAUCAAAUUUAAUAAAACUGAAAUUGUUCAAUUAUUUAAAUGGAAAUAUUAUCACUGAUAAAAUGGACGCCCUGAUAUCAACUUUGCUAGAUGAUUCUCACUUGACCGAUGGCCAAAGUCUAAUCUUAGAAUAUUCCAAAGAAGAUACUGUUGAUUGUACUUUAUAUAAAUAAUUUUUUUCAUGGAAAAAUAAAGUUGACACUGUUGACAAUUGUUCACUUA